GUCAAGGGACUAGAGAGAGCAGGAGACUGACUUGUUCUGUCCAGACCCCGCCGAUUAACUGCCCUCAGGAAGCUUCUCCAGAGCCUCUUCCCUGCGCUCCCGUCUGCACCUACGUUUCUCUAGCGCUGACCCCAGUCUGCUGCGUCUCACGGGCAACCGUCACCUUUGUGUCCUUUGUGUCCCGCAGGCUUCAGCAAACAGUGGGCGCUGCCUCACCUGGCGCUCUGCUAACCCCAGAGCCCUCCAGUAGCUUAGCGUCUGGAUGGAGGUAGGAGUAGGCUUGCAGGAAGAAGACCCGGAAAUACUUGUUCAAAGGGCGAUUUGUUCAAGUGCUGUGGGAACAGGGGAAACGGACAGUAACGAUGACGCUGAAGAUGUUGCACUGUUUGAUGCAGAAGAGGAAACAGCUAAUAGACCCAAAAAAUCCAAAAUCAGACAUCCAGUGGCAUCAUUUUUCCAUUUAUUCUUUCGAGUCAGUGCAAUUGUAGUCUAUCUUCUCUGUGAAUUGUUCAGCAGCAGCUUUAUUGCCUGUAUGGUGACAAUUAUCUUGUUGUUGUCAUGUGACUUUUGGGCAGUCAAGAAUGUCACAGGUAGACUAAUGGUGGGCCUGCGUUGGUGGAAUCAUAUUGAUGAAGAUGGAAAAAGCCACUGGGUGUUCGAGUCCAGGAAGGCAUCCUCUCAAGAGAAUAAAACGGUCUCAGAGGCUGAAUCGAGAAUCUUCUGGUUAGGACUUAUUGCCUGCCCUGUGCUUUGGGUGGUUUUCGCCUUCAGUGCCCUCUUCUCCUUCAGAGUGAAGUGGUUGGCAGUGGUUACCAUGGGUGUGGUGCUGCAAGGUGCCAACCUGUACGGCUACAUCAGAUGCAAGGUGGGCAGCAGAAAGAAUUUAACCAGCAUAGCCACAUCGUACCUGGGAAAGCAGUUUUUAAGACAAAGUACUGGAGAGGAUCAGACCUCCUGAGGAGAGGGGAAGAAGGCCUGUGUGCUCUGUUACACUGGGGACGACUGAAGAGAUGCUUGACUCGGAACGUUUUAGAACUCAGCACAUGUUGCAGAGAAGAGUGUUGGAUUGGUUUUUUCACUUUAAAACUUACUUUAAAAAAGUAAAGUUUUUAUUUCUAGCAUUUGGGGCUUGAAAAUAUGGUACUGCUAGAAACAUUGUCAAAAUUUGGUUCAUUGUGUACAUAUGUGUAUGCUCAGCCAUGUAAUAUCCACAUAUCGCACUUGAUGAAAAUAUUUAUGUGUACAUCUGUAACGAUGACCCUUGCAUUUUGAUCCGUAGGACAUAGCAGGAUGUUCUUAAUCUCCUUUCAAAACUCUGUGUGUUUAUUAUAUUAUUUCUGUAGAUUAUCUUUAGAAGAAAUUUUGUUUCCAUGGUAAGAAUGAGCAUUUUGAUUUAUGUAUAAGUUAGAAAUAAUUAUUAAUUUUACAACUUAAUAUAUACUCAUGAUGAAAUUUCUUAUCCUAGGCAUUCACAGGCAGAUAAAAACCAAAUUUGGGUCAGUGGCAUGAACUAGUUUGUAAAACUUUAUUUUUACUUGUAACAAAUCGUGUAUUUUAGGCUCAAUUCAUAUAAGUAAAUCUUCACAAUUUAUGUGAAAGGGAUACGUAGAGGUUGCUUCUGUUCUGUUCAUUGGAACGGCGGCUGGACUUGACUUGGAGCCUCCCAGAAGCACUUCAGUGGUCUUGGCCCAGUGAGGCCUGUCUUUCCCACUAAACAGUACUAUUCUUAUGUCAUAGUAAGAAUAAGCAUUUAAACACCUGGCAUAACAAAUGCCUAAAGGACAUUUUAUUUGAUGAAUCUUUUUUUUUUCCUUGCUAUAGUGGGGAUAUUGUAAAUCAUGCAUUUGUAUUAAUAUUUCUUAAAAAGCAAUAUAUGUAACAGUCUACAAACUGUUAUAGAUGUCUGUAAAUUUUCUUGUAGGUAUACUUAAACUUUGUUGGAGUCUUAAUCAACAGAUUAUUUUGUCAGUGUAUUUAUACAUUGUUAAAAAUUUGUAAAAGCUGUUUUGUUUAAUUGGAGUGAUAGCUUUGAA